AUGUCUCAAGAAAGGAAUAAUUUUUUACUAUCUGACAGAGUAAAGCCAUAUGGACAAAGCUCUAAAUUGAUUAAUUUAAUUAAGAGUAUUAUAAAGGAUUAUCCAUAUGAAUCUGUAUUUCGUGAAUUCUUACAAAAUGCAGAUGAUGCGGGGGCCAAAAUUUUUCGUGUUACGGUUGAUGAGCGUUCAAUGAAUCAAAAAUGUGAAUCUUUAAUAACCAAAGAAAUGGCAAUUUGGCAAGGUCCAGCAAUCUGGAUAUAUAAUGAUGGAAUGUUCAAUAAACAUGAUUUUAAUUCUCUACUUAAUAUUCAUGAGGGUGGAAAACGUGAUGAUUCUACAAAGAUUGGAAAAUUUGGAAUUGGAUUUAAUUCAUGUUUUCAUUUUACUGAUGUUCCUAGUUUUGUUAGUGGCAAAUAUAUCUCAUUUUUGGAUCCACAUGAAAAAUUUCUUCCAAAACAACGUGGUAUUCAAAUUAAUUUUCUUGAUGAAAAUUUUAGAAAUUUAUUCAAUGAUCAAUUAGCACCAUAUGUUGGAAUAGAAGGUUGUAGAUUUGAUCAAGAAUAUAAAGGAACAUUAUUCAGACUUCCACUUCGUAUUUUUAGAAGCGAAAUUUGUGAUGAAAUGUUCAAUAUCUCGGAUAUUUUAAACUUUUUAGAAAAAUUAAAGUCAAAUGCAAUUUCCGAAUUGAUCUUUUUUCGAAAUAUCCAAUCUUUUGAAGUUAAAAAGUUAUCUAAAACUUCUCAACCUAAUCAAACUGAAUUGUUAUGGAAAAUUGAUAUAACUAAUAAUGAUGAGGAAAUUCAAAAGAUAAGGCAUCAUACAAACGAAGAAUUUACUUCAUUUUGUUUAAACAUAGAAUUUCAAGAUGGUAUUGAAAUAAGUUCAAAGUUAUGGCAAGUAUGCAUCGGAGGAGUUUCUGUUGAGUCGGAAGAAUUAACUAAAUUCGCAAAAUGUCAUCGAAUGUUACUACGGGGAGGCGUUGCUGCUUCACUUCCUUUACAUCCAACUGAAAGAGCAGUGGAUGGACGAUUAUAUUGUUAUUUACCACUACCUCAAAUGACUCACCUACCGGUACAUCUUAAUGGGGACUGGGCAGUAUCAUCAGAUAGAUCUACGGUUCUUUUAGAUGAUGAUUCAUUGGUUGAAAUGGAUAAAUCUAAGUUAUCAUGGAAUAAACAUUUGCUGUUAGAAGUUUUGCCUAUUAUAUAUGCAAAAUUUUUAGUGGAUGUCGUAGAAUAUUUUAUCGAUAAUAACAUCAAUCACGAGCAAAUUUUGAAAGAUUUGUGGCCUUUACCACAUAACAAAGAAAAGGCUGCUACUUAUAUAAUACAAUUUGGUAAGAGAGUUCUUAAAAAUCUUCCAAUAGAUAAGCCUCUCUUUCGAUCAGCUAAUGGAAAUGGAUCAUAUGUCUCUUUGAAAGAAGCGUUCUUUGAUAGUGAUGCAUUUAUCAUUCGCAUACUUUCUGAAUAUAGUAGUGUGAACAGUGUGCAUUUACCAUCAGAAAUGUUAGAUGAUUUAAAAAAUGUAGGUGUUGAAUGGGCUCCGAUCCCUGCAGAAAUGGUUAGGGAAAAUCUCCGGAACAUAGAUCUCUCAAACCAAUUUAGCGAUGAACAAUUGAUAAAGUUGCUUUUAUUUAUUUUAGAAGAUAAUGAUUAUGAAGAUUUACAUGAUAUUAAUUUGAUUCCACUUGCUGAUAUGACUUGGGGCAAAUUUGAUAAACGAUCUAAGCAAAGAUAUAUGGCAACAGUUGAAGAACGUAAUUUGGUGCCAAAUGUGGAUUUAUCCAAUUUUGUUCAUGAUAUAUAUAGUGAUGAUGAUAAAUUGAAACAAAUUUUUGAAAGUAAUGAAUUUCAACAGAAAACCAAUGUAAGAAAAUUUAAUGCCAUAUCUCUUGGGAAUCUUUUACAAUAUGAAAUUCCAUUUGGGCGGAAAAUACCAAAUUGGGAUCCUGAAUCAAUGGACAUUCCCAAUAAAAUUUGGUUAAACAAAAUUUGGAAAUUUAUUUUGGAAUCAAACGUUAGUUUGGAAAGAUUUUUACGUUAUCCACUUUUAGAGGUUAUACGUCCAACAAAAGAAUUGACAUUUUUAGACCCAGGACAUCCCUUAAUGGAAUUACCUAAAGAUGACACGCAUUAUGAAGAAUUGAUUAAAAUACUUGAAGCUUUAGGAAUUAGAUUUACUAAUCAUCCUUGGAAUGAAAAAUUAAAUGACUAUAUCUAUAAAUGGACACCAGAAGAAGUUUUAAAAUCAAUACAUCAUGCAGAACAAAAUGGCAAAACCUUUGACGUUUUGAAUGAUAAAUCUAAGAUUAAGGCGUUAAGAAAUUUUAUUAUUGAAAAUUGGAAUAGGUUUAGUUUAAGUGACGGAACAAUAGUAAAAACUGAAUUUAAAGAUAUUUUACGUAAGUUACCAAUUUGGCCCACUUCAUGUGGACAGUUUACGAGUUCAGCUAAUGGGUUCCUCCCACCAGAUGGCAUUGCAAUGAAUUUUAAAAACUAUUCAAAUAAACAAUUCAUUAACCCUAAAAAAGAACAUCGUAAAAAGAUACUGAAAGCAUUGGAUACUCCUUACAUAGAUCUUGUUAAUUAUUUACAAAAUUAUUAUGAACUUCCAAGGGAAUGUCAUGAGAAUCACAUUAAAUUCAUUAUAAGCGUUUUAAAAUCGAAAGAAUUCAGCCGAGCUGAGAGUUGGAUCAAAGAUAAAGCUAUAUUUCCAAAUAAAAAAACAAAGAAACUUAAAAACGCAAGGAAUCUUUACGAUUAUAGAAUUCAAUUAUUUCAAAUUACUUUUGAAGAAUCGGAUCUAUUUCUCCACGAUGACAUUCAAAAUGAUGAUUAUUGUUUAAAUAUUCUUAAAAGAAUGGGAUUUAAAUAUGAAGUAAAUCAACGAACUUUUCUCGAAUGUGCAGGAGCGAUUGUAAAGUAUACUCACGAUCGAAGACCCCUAUACAACCUGUUAUAUCGUGCUGCAACUAUAGUUAAUUAUCUUUAUAAUAACAUAGAUGAACUUGGUUUUUCUGAUGUUGAAUGGUAUGAUGGAUUGGCAAAUUUAGAGUUCGUUCCAGCAGAGAUGUGUAUUGAAUCUCCUUAUUCAACAAAUGCAAAGAUCCCCAAAAAGUUUGAAAGUUUUGGUACAUUGUGCUUACCUAAAUAUAAAACAAUAGCUUUUACACAAGCGCCAAUAUUUCAUAGUAGCGUAGUUCCAAGUUCUACUUCAUCAAUAUUCAAAAAGUUUAAGAAUUUUGGAAAGCCUCGUGCCGACAUAGUUCUUGAACACUUACGUGAGGUAGCCUCGAAUUUAAUAAAUUCUAAACAGUGGAUGCCUGAAGAACGUCUUCUAAAACAGGUUAUUGAUGAUAUCUAUACUACACUCAACGAAGAAUGUACCGAGUAUACUCUUACGGAGUCAGAUUUUUAUGAAGGUGAAAGAAUUUUUUUAAACAUGUACCUAGGUGAAAAUAUUUUUGAUGAAUCAAAUUGGGUAUCAGCAGAUAGCUUAGUUAUUGGCACUAGUCGGUUGGAUCAAAACUUUAUCAAACCUACUCUUGUAAAGUACAAAAAUUUAUUGAAAGUUGCAGGGGCCGGUGAAAUAAUAAGGCCUAAUAUUUAUGAUUAUAUUCAAGUCAAACAAAAUAACGAUGAUAUGAAUAUUAGGUCCAUAAACCUUGUAAAGUCACUUCAACAAUUAUUGGAUGAACAACAUUCACUUAAUGAUGUAAUAUUUACUGUAGACCAAGAUGACCAAGAUUUUAAUGAUGAUUUGAAAGAAAAAUGGAAAAAUUUUACAGUUGAAUAUGGUGAGAUUCGCGCAAAUAGAUAUGUACUUGCAGCAGCUUCAAAUCGUUUCAAGAUUGCAUUUUCAAGUGAUUAUAGAGAUGGCGAUCCGUAUAAAAUAGCAAAAAUUCCAAUAUGUGCCAUCAAUCCUGAAUCAUUUACGGUUUUGUUAAGAUAUCUAUAUGCUAUGCCACUUGAUAUGGCUAUUAUAAAAAAUAAUUCAGAUAACAAUAUCUUUAAUAAUAUUAGUAGCAGAACUGAGGAUUAUUAUAAUGAUUAUUACGAUAAUCAAGAUGAAAAUAUUGUUAAAGAAAAGACAAGACAAUUAUCUAUUCUACUAGAUUUGUUGAUAGCAUCUGAUUAUUACGAAAUAGCCGACUUGAAAACUGAAGUGAUAAGGAAAAUUAUCAGUGAUGGUUACGUUGAACGUUCUAAUGUUGAUGAUAUUUUUGACUAUGUUAAUACUAAUACAAAUAAUGCUGACUUGCUUAUUAACUAUUGCGAAGCAUUUAUGGAAUUGAAUAGCAGUUUAAUGUAA